AGGACAUUUGUCACAUUUUUCAUGGGUGCAACCCACAUACUCAGCUCUGCUGCUCAUCCCACAAAUGCAUGUUCCUCACAAAUGGGGCACCAUUUGAAAGAUGCAACGUCUGCUGUGGACCCGUUCUCCUCCAGGUCCCAGAUUCCUGAGAGAAUAACAGGUGUAAGUCCCAUCCACAAUGGCCAGGUUUGCAGUACUUGGGGCAAAUUCCACUACAAGACCUUUGAUGGAGAUGUUUUCCAGUUGCACUCCACCUGCAACUACGUCCUGACCUCUUCAUGCAGGAGCUAUUACAACGACUUCAACAUCCAGAUAAGAAGGGGGGAAGAUGGCGACCACCACACCAUCAAAAACAUCAUCAUGAAGCUGGAGGGCUCGGUAGUGGAGCUCUCUGUGGGCUCAGUGGUCGUUAAUGGCAAAUCAGUUAUCUUACCCUAUAGUCAAACAGGUGUACUCAUUGAGAGAAGUCCCACUUACAUCAAAAUCAAAGCAAAACUGGGAUUAUUUGCCAUCUGGAAUGAGGAAGACUCUUUUCUGGUGGAAUUAGACCCAAAGUACAAGAACCAAACGUGUGGUCUUUGUGGAGACUUUAAUGGAGUCUACAAUGAGUUCUUCAGCCAUGGCGUGAAAAUAUCCCCAGUGGAUUUUUCUAACUUCUGGAAAAUGAAUGGUCCAACUGAAAGCUGCUCUGACUACACACUGGAAUCAACACAAAGCUGCAACUACAUGAGACCUCUGUGUGAGCAGAUCCUCACUGGGCCGGCGUUCAGCAGCUGUCACAGUUUGCUGGACGUGGCCUCCUUUACCUCUGCCUGUGUAGCUGACCUCUGCCACUGUGAUGCUGGUGGCAGUGAGCAGCUGGACCCCGCCUGUCUGUGCAACACUGUGUCCGAGUUAUCCAGGCAGUGCAGCCAUGCUGGUGGACAACCCCAAAACUGGAGAACCAAAGAGCUCUGCUGGAAGUCAUGUCCGGACAAAAUGGUGUACAAGGAGUGUGGUAGUCCCUGUGCUGAUACCUGCUCCAACCCGGAGGCCAGCCACACCUGCGACAACCACUGUCUCGAUGGAUGCUUCUGCCCUGCAGGCACGGUGCUGGAUGAUCUGAAUGGACGGGGCUGUGUCCCGCCGAAGGAAUGUUCAUGCAGCUACAACAGCCAGACGUACCGACCUGGGGAGUCCUACUCCAGCAACUGCAAAAAAUGUGUGUGUGAGAGUGGACAGUGGAGUUGUACAGAGGAGAACUGUCCAGGAACCUGCUUUCUGGAGGGGGGGGCUCACAUCAACACCUUUGAUGGCAAAGCCUACACCUUCCAUGGGGACUGUUCCUACGUCCUGGCUAAGGACUGCAGUGGAGCCCAGUUUGUGGUGCAGGCGCAGCUGCUGCAGUGUGGAGUGACCGAGAGUGAAACCUGCCUUAAGUCUGUGACCUUGGGUUUGUCUGGAGGGGCUAACGUGAUCACCAUCCAACCCAGUGGCAAAGUGUUUGUGAAUGGCAUCUACGCUCAGUUACCCUUCUCUGCUGCUGGGAUCUCGGCCUUCAGAGCGUCCUCCUUCUACCUGCUGGUGCAGACGUCUGUGGGGGUGCUGCUGGAGGUGCAGCUCCACCCGGUGAUGCAGCUCCACCUCACAGUGACCAGCGACUACCAGGCCAACACUUGUGGUCUGUGUGGCAACUUCAACAGCAACCAGGCGGAUGACUUCCUGAAGCUCAGUGGGGUUCCAGAUGCCACAGCAGCUGGUUUUGUCAACAGUUGGAAGACACAUGCUGGUUGCCGCGAUGUUAAGAGCAGCUUUGAGAACCCUUGCAGUCUUAGUCUGGAAAAUGAGAGAUACGCCCAGCACUGGUGCUCAAUGCUGAGUGAGCCUGAGGGAAUGUUUGCCUCCUGUCACUCAGAGAUCAGCCCUGACUCUUACAAAGAGAACUGCAUGUAUGACAGCUGUAACUCUGAGAACAGUGAGGACUGCAUGUGUGCUGCAGUCUCCGCCUAUGUCCAUGCCUGUGCAGCUGCAGGGAUCCACCUCAGCGGCUGGAGGAACACCAUCUGUGGGAAAUAUGCCAGCUCGUGCCCCAGCAGCAUGGUGUACUCGGACAGCAUCACGACCAGCAGCCACACCUGCCGCUGCCUCGGCUCCACGGACCUCAGCUGCCACGCCUCCUUCCCCCCCAUUGACGGCUGUGUCUGUGCACAGGGAACCUACCUGGAUGACACCGGGAAGUGUGUUCCAUCUACGGCUUGUCCCUGUUAUGACGAAGGCUCAGUGGUGCCUCCUGGACAGGUCGUUAACAAGCAAGGGCUCAUGUGCUCCUGUAAGGACGGUAAACUGGACUGCAUUGGGGAGAUGAUUGUACAGCCAUCAGCCUGUGCUCUUCCUAUGGAGUUUUUCAACUGCUCUGCUGGUCCAGCUGCUAAAGGAACUGAGUGUGAGAAGAGCUGCAACACAUUAGACAUGGCCUGUGUGUCCACUGGGUGCGUGUCCGGGUGUAUAUGUCCAUCUGGGAUGGUGUCCGAUGAUAAAGGAGGCUGCAUCAAGCCAGAUGCCUGCUCCUGUGUUCACAACGGCAUCUCCUACCAGCCUGGAGAGAGCACCAAGGUGGACUGCAACACCUGCACUUGUAAAGACAGGAAGUGGCAGUGCACUACAGAGGCGUGUGAUGGGACCUGCUCUGUCUACGGAGCAGGACACUACAUGACCUUUGAUCAGAAACGCUUCACCUUUGAUGGCAGCUGUGAAUACAUUCUCACUCAGGACUACUGUGGCAGUGCACAGAGUAAUGGAACCUUUAGAGUUAUCUCUGAGAAUCUUCCUUGUGGAACCACAGGAACCACCUGCUCCAAGACAAUCAGGAUCUUCCUGGGGAAUGCAGAAGUGAUUCUAACAGAGGGACGCUACCAGCUGCUUUCAAGUGGAGAUGAACAUUCAGUUCCAUUCCGUUACAGCACUAUGGGCAUCUAUCUAGUAGUUGAAGCCAACAAUGGACUCAUUCUCAUGUGGGACAGAAAGACCAGCUUGUUCAUCCAGCUAAGCUCAAAAUAUAAGGGUCGCGUGUGUGGCCUGUGUGGCAAUUAUGACGGCAAUGCAAAUAAUGACUUCACAACAAGGGGCAAUGCUGUGGUGGUCAACCCACUGGUGUUUGGAAACAGCUGGAAGGAUUUACCCAGUUGCCCUGACGAUCAGAGCAUUAGCAGCCCCUGCACAACCAACCCAUACCGACAGGCCUGGUCGCAGAAACAGUGCAGCCUUAUACAGAGUGAUGUCUUCUCUGCCUGCCACUCCACUGUGGAUCCAACUCCAUACUAUGAUGCAUGUGUGUUUGACUCAUGUGCUUGUGACACGGGUGGAGACUGUGAGUGUUUUUGCACUGCUGUGGCUGCUUAUGCUGAAUCCUGUAAUCAAGCUGGAAUCUGUAUACCAUGGAGAACCCCAAAGAUCUGUCCUCUCUUCUGUGAUUACUACAAUCCCCCUGGAGAAUGUGAAUGGCACUACAAGCCAUGCGGAUCUCCUUGUAUGAAAACCUGCAGGAAUCCAUCAGGCAGCUGCUCUCCACAGAUACCUCCUCUUGAAGUAACUGCAGUUCAACGACCAUCCAAUGUUUUUACGAUGCCCAAGCCUGUACUUGCACAUAUUUUAAUAAAACAUAUUACCCUGGCAAUACCAUCUAUAACACAACAGAUGGGCAUGGUAACUGCUUCAUAGCAGUGUGUGGGACAAAUGGUACCAUUGACAAGGGGUCAUAUUUAUGCCCAGUACCAACACCAACAACACCUAUGCCCAUUGUAAGCACAUCUACAGCAAGCCAGUCUUCAGCCACCUUUGUUUUUACAACCACACCAGAGCCCCAUACAGUUACAGUCCCAUGCGAUCCCUGUGAAUGGUCCCCAUGGUAUGAUACUAGCUUCCCAACUCUUGGAACUCUAGGAGGAGACAGUGAAACUUAUGACAAGAUUAGAGAGGCAGGGCACAAGAUAUGUGCCAAGCCAAGCGAGAUCCAAUGCAGAGCUGAGAAAUUCCCAAAUGUCUCCAUUGACAGUGUUGGAAAAGUGGUACAAUGUGAUCUGGCUAAGGGGCUCACAUGCAGAAAUGAAGACCAGUCGG